ACUGGGGUGCGGGAGGCGGGGCAUCCGGGUCCCUUGGCGGCUGCUGUGUCCCCGGAGCUCAGCUGACCGGCUUCUGCCGCCCUAGGAGGUGGGCGUUUCCCACGUCGCUCAUGGAGUUAGCCCACAGCCUGUUGCUCAAUGAAGAAGCUUUGGCUCAAAUCACAGAGGCCAAGAGACCCGUUUUCAUCUUCGAAUGGUUGCGAUUUCUUGAUAAAGUCCUGGUGGCUGCCAACAAGACUGAUGUAAAGGAAAAACAGAAAAAACUUGUUGAACAAUUAACUGGAUUAAUAAGUAGUUCACCUGGACCACCUACACGAAAAUUGUUAGCAAAAAAUCUUGCAGCCCUUUAUAGCAUUGGGGAUACUUUUACAGUUUUUCAAACACUUGAUAAAUGUAAUGAUAUUAUUAGAAAUAAAGAUGACACUGCUGCCUACCUACCAACAAAAUUGGCUGCAGUAGCUUGUGUUGGAGCUUUUUAUGAAAAAAUGGGAAGAAUGUUAGGCAGUGCUUUUCCAGAAACAGUCAAUAAUCUUUUGAAGUCUCUGAAAAGUGCAGAGUCUCAAGGACGAAGUGAAAUCCUCAUGAGUCUUCAGAAAGUUCUCAGUGGACUGGGUGGUGCUGCAGCUUCCUCUCAUCGUGAUAUUUACAAAAAUGCCAGGUCGCUGCUGACGGAUCGCUCAAUGGCCGUUCGAUGCGCCGUGGCCAAGUGUCUACUGGAACUACAGAAUGAAGCUGUAUUCAUGUGGACUGCUGAACUGGAAAACAUAGCCACUCUUUGCUUUAAGGCUUUGGAAAACUCAAAUUAUGGAGUGCGGGUUGCCGUGUCUAAACUCUUAGGAACGGUCAUGGCUACGGCAUUGAUGCCAAAACAGGCAACAGUAAUGCGUCAGAAUGUGAAGCGAGCAACAUUUGAUGAAGUUUUAGAACUCAUGGCCACAGGAUUUCUCCGUGGAGGUUCAGGUUUCUUAAAGAGUGGUGGAGAAAUGUUAAAAGUUGGAGGAUCUGUUAAUCGUGAAGUACGAGUUGGAGUUACACAGGCAUAUGUUGUUUUUGUCACAACACUGGGUGGUCAGUGGUUGGAGCGUAGCUUUGCUACAUUUUUGUCCCAUGUUCUUGAUUUGGUUUCUCAUCCUCGAGCAACACAAACACAUGUUGAGGCUGUGUACUCUAGACGUUGUGUCUCCUUCAUCCUAAGAGCUACUGUGGGAAGUUUGCUGGGUGAGAAAGCCCAGAUUGCCGCUGCCAAGGAAAUAUGCCAAGCUAUUGGGAAACAGAUGAAAGCCGUGGAAGCAGUAGUGAAUGACACUAGCGCUGAAAACAAAUCCGGGGCUGCAGACAUUGCCGCAAGCCAGCAUGUGAUGGUGUGCGCCCUCCAGGAGCUGGGGAGCUUAGUGCAGAGCCUCAACGCCACCGCCUCCCCUCUGAUUCAGGAAGCAUCCAUAGGACUUUUAGAGAUUGUGACUUCAGUGCUGCUUCAUCCCAGUAUGGCGGCUCGACUUGCUGCGGCGUGGUGUCUGCGCUGUGUGGCUGUGGCGUUACCCUUCCAGUUGACACCAUUUCUAGACAGGUGUGCAGAACGACUCAACAACUUGAAGACAUCGCCAGAAGCUGUUAGUGGCUAUAGCUUUGCAAUGGCUGCCCUGCUAGGUGGAGUUCAUCAGUGUCCUUUGGGCAUUCCUCAUGCUAAAGGAAAGAUGGUAGUUAGCAUUGCUGAAGAUCUUUUACGAACUGCUGCCCAAAAUAGCAGACUGUCUUUGCAGCGCACCCAAGCUGGAUGGCUUUUACUUGGAGCACUUAUGACCUUAGGACCAUCAGUUGUUCGUUACCAUCUGCCCAAGAUGUUGUUAUUGUGGCGAAAUGUUUUCCCUCGUUCUUUAAAGGAAUUAGAGGCUGAGAAGGCCCGAGGCGAUUCCUUUACCUGGCAGGUAACGUUGGAAGGUCGUGCUGGAGCUUUAUGUGCUAUGAGAAGUUUUGUUGCACAUUGUCCUGAGCUUCUAACUGAAGAUGUGAUUAGAAAAUUAAUGACCCCUAUUGAAUGUGCCAUGACUAUGAUGUCACACAUUCCAUCUGUAAUUAAAGCCCACGGAGCCCAUCUGAAAGCUAGUGCUGCAAUGGUCCGUUUAAGACUUUAUGAUAUCUUGGCUUUGUUACCUCCAAAAACUUACGAAGGAUCUUUCAAUGCACUUCUUAGAGAGCUGGUAGCAGAAUUCACUUUGACUGACAACUCAGCCAACACAACUACUUCCCUCCUCAGAUCGCUCUGCCAUUAUGACGACAGUGUUCUUCUUGGCUCCUGGCUUCAAGAAACUGAUCAUAAAUCAAUUGAAGACCAGCUGCAGCCAAACAGUGCCUCUGGCAGUGGGGCCCUGGAGCACGACCCUUCCUCCAUUUAUUUACGAAUUCCGGCUGGGGAGGCUGUGCCUGGCCCUCUACCCCUGGGAGUGUCCGUCAUCGAUGCCUCUGUAGCGCUUUUUGGUGUCGUGUUUCCUCAUGUUUCUUACAAGCACCGAUUGCAAAUGUUGGAUCACUUUGCCGAAUGUGUGAAACAAGCUAAAGGUGUCCGCCAGCAGGCCGUGCAGCUUAAUAUAUUCACUGCUGUUCUUAGUGCACUGAAGGGCUUAGCUGAAAACAAAAGUACUCUAGGCCCUGAGGAAGUUCGUAAAUCCGCACUGACGCUGGUCAUGGGUGCUCUUGACAACCCCAAUCCCAUUUUACGUUGCGCGGCUGGGGAAGCCCUUGGAAGAAUGGCUCAGGUGGUUGGAGAAGCCACUUUCAUUGCCAGGAUGGCCCAAUACAGCUUUGACAAGUUGAAAUCAGCUCGAGAUGUCGUAUCCAGGACUGGCCAUUCUUUGGCCCUUGGGUGCUUGCACCGUUACGUUGGAGGUAUUGGCUCUGGACAGCAUCUGAAGACCAGUGUCAGCAUUUUACUGGCUCUAGCACAAGAUGGAACAUCUCCUGAAGUCCAGACUUGGUCUCUUCAUUCGCUUGCUUUGAUAGUGGAUUCUAGUGGCCCAAUGUAUCGUGGAUAUGUGGAACCAACAUUAUCUCUAGUUCUUACCUUACUGUUGACAGUUCCACCUUCACAUACAGAAGUUCAUCAGUGCUUGGGUAGAUGCUUGGGUGCCAUCAUAACUACGGUUGGCCCUGAACUGCAAGGGAAUGCAGCUACAAUUUCUACAAUUCGUUCCUCCUGUUUGGUGGGAUGUGCAAUAACCCAGGACCAUUCAGAUUCUCUGGUUCAGGCAGCUGCCAUCUCCUGCCUACAGCAACUUCACAUGUUUGCACCACGGCAUGUCAACCUCUCUAGUCUCGUUCCUAGCCUUUGUGUUCAUCUGUGUAGUUCCCAUUUGCUGCUCCGACGAGCAGCUGUGGCAUGUCUGCGGCAGCUUGCACAGAGAGAAGCGGCUGAAGUGUGUGAAUAUGCCAUGAGCCUAGCCAAGAGUGCUGGGGACAAGGAGAGCAGCGGUGCCAAUGUUAAUCCUUUUGUACCUGGAUUUAGUUCUCGAAGUGGUAUCCAUUGCCGGCACCAAGGUGUGAAUAUCACAGAAACUGGACUUGAGGGACUCCUUUUUGGAAUGCUAGACCGGGAAACAGAUCGAAAAUUAUGUUCUGAUAUUCAUGACACGUUGGGACAUAUGCUUUCAUCACUAGCAGUGGAAAAACUUUCUCACUGGUUAAUGCUUUGUAAGGAUGUUCUGGCAGCUUCUAGUGAUAUGAGUACUGCAACUCCAUUAAGUAGUGGAAAAGAUGAAGAAUCUGAAAAGAAAGAUGAGAUGGACGACGAUACCAUGUUUACCUCUCUCGGGGAAGAAGAUAAAUCAAAACCUUUUGUGGCACCACGCUGGGCCACGAGGGUGUUUGCUGCUGAUUGCCUGUGUCGAAUCAUCAACUUGUGUGAAAACGCAGACCAAGCUCACUUUGAUCUUGCCAUGGCACGUUCUGCUAAACUACGAAAUCCUACAAAUGACCUCUUGGUACUUCAUCUCUCUGACCUGAUUCGCAUGGCAUUCAUGGCUGCAACGGAUCACAGUAACCAGCUGCGGAUGGCCGGGCUCCAGGCUCUUGAAGAUAUUAUCAAGAAGUUUGCAUCUGUGCCUGAGCCAGAAUUUCCAGGUCAUGUGAUUCUGGAGCAGUACCAAGCUAACGUGGGAGCUGCCCUAAGGCCAGCCUUUUCACAAGAUACACCAUCUGAUAUAAUAGCAAAAGCUUGCCAGGUGUGUAGUGCAUGGAUUGGAAGUGGAGUGGUCAGUGACCUCAAUGAUCUCCGUCGCGUACACAAUCUUCUUGUUUCUUCUCUGGACAAAGUUCAGGCUGGAAAAGGAUCUUCCAGCCAGCUCUACCGGGAAAGUGCCACAACCAUGGAAAAACUGGCUGUUCUCAAAGCCUGGGCAGAGGUAUAUGUGGUUGCUAUGAAUAUUAAAAAGGAAGCAGAAUCAAAACCAAAAAGAACAAUUAAAAAUACUGAUGAUGAAGAGGAUGACUAUGGUACCAUAGAUGAACUGCCACCAGAUAGUUUAAUAACCCUUGUACAACCUGAACUGCCAACGCUCAGCCGUCUGUGGUUGGCAGCAUUGAAAGACUAUGCACUGUUAACUUUGCCAGCUGAAUUUGCUAGUCAGCUCCCUCCAGAUGGUGGGGCAUUUUAUACUCCUGAGACUAUCGAUACAGCCAGACUCCACUAUAGGAAUUCCUGGGCCCCAAUUCUCCACGCCGUAGCACUGUGGUUGAAUAGUACCGGGUUUACAUGUUCCGAGUCGACAGAAGCAGCAGCAGUAUCUGGAUCGCAAAAACGUUCUACAUCGGUCAACCUAAACCAGGCACCGGGAGCAACGGCUAGUGCUAAAUCGUUGCCAGAAAUCAACAAAGAUAGAAUGCAUCUGAUAUUAGGUGUGAGUAUACAGUUCCUUUGUUCCCCGAGACCUGAGGAGCCUGUGGAGCAUGUUACAGCGUGUCUGCAGGCCUUGCACACUCUGUUGGACUCUCCUUACGCCCGGACCCAUAUUGCAGAAGAUCAGCUGAUUGGUGUGGAGUUGAUUAGUGUUUUGCACCGCCUUCUGUUGACCUGGAAUCCACCAUCUGUCCAGCUCUUGGUUACUGGAGUUGUACAACAGAUUGUAAGAGCUGCUCAGGAUUAUUUGCAAGAAAAAAGAAACACUCUAAAUGAAGAUGACAUGGAAAAAGAGUCCUGUUCCAUAUUAGGAGAAGGAGGUGACAGCGGCGGCCUUAUUCCUGGGAAAUCUCUGGUGUUUGCAACUAUGGAGCUGUUGAUGUUCAUUUUAGUGCGGCACAUGCCCCAUCUCAGCACCAAGAUGUCAGAUUCUCCCAGCCACAUGGCCACCAACACACGACUGUCAGAGGAGAGUGCUCGUCUGGUGGCAGCCACAGUCACCAUCCUUGCUGACCUACCAGGCCUCUGUUCACCUGCAGGAUGUAUGACAAUCCUGCCCACAGUUCUGUUUUUAAUUGCAAGAAUAUUGAAAGACACAGCAGUCAAAUCUGCAGAUAAUCAGGUUUCUCCACCUGUCAGUGCGGCUCUGCAGGGCAUUAAAAGUAUCGUGACACUUUCAAUGGCCAAAACGGAGGAAACUCAGAAACAGUGGACGGCCCUGAUUCGCAGCACUCUGGCAUGCAUCCUGGAAUAUUCUCAACCAGGCCAUAAUCAGGGAACUGAAAGGGAAGUGGAGCAUCCAGGAUACAAACCAGUGCCCACAUGGGAUCCCAGUUGCAUUCAAGAAGCCUCAAUGCCUCCACCUGAUGAAGUAAGCAUGCUGACAGCAAUUGCACUCUUCCUCUGGUCUGCCAGUAGUGAAAUAAUAGGAGUCCAGUCAUUACAGAAUGGCUGUAUGAACAGAUUUAAAACCGCAUUAAAUUCUUGUGACCCAUGGGUUCAAGCCAAAUGUUACCAGCUGCUCCUGUCCGUCUUCCAGCAUUCCAAUCGUGCCCUUUCUACUCCCUAUAUCCAUUCAUUAGCUCCAAUAGUGGUUGAAAAGCUAAAAGCUGUUGAAAGAAACAGACCAGGCAACAACACAGAACUAUUAGCUAUUCAAGAAGGAAUAAAAGUUCUUGAAACAUUGGUUGCUCUUGGUGAAGAACAGAACAGGGUCCAGUUGCUUGCUCUGUUAGUUCCCACUUUGAUCUCUUACCUGCUGGAUGACAGUUCUUUUGCCUCAGCAAAGGCAGCUUCCAAAGAUCUUCAUGAGUUUGCACUCCAGAAUUUAAUGCACAUCGGCCCUCUCUAUCCUCACGCCUUCAAGACAGUCAUGGGGGCUGCUCCUGAGUUGAAAGUACGUCUAGAAACUGCUGUUCGAGCAAGCCAGGCCAGCAAAGCCAAAGCAGCCGCCAGGCCGCCAGCCCCUGCCAUACAUUCCGCACCAACAAUUAAGCUGAAAACGAGCUUUUUUUAACUUGCUCUUUCCUUCACGUUUAGAUUGUGAGCUGGCACCAAGGUAGUGGUAGCCACUCUGUCGUUUCAGGCUGUGGGUUCUGUUUUAUUUCUGUGUUGCUGUUACAGUGUUUCUGAGUUGCUUAAAUGAAAUAAUGUUCACACCACAUAUUGAUUUUUAAGGAAUGAAUUUUAUCAUGUGGUGAGUGUCUUCAUGUUUAUUCUAAUAAUGGUUCUCUUUUAUUAAUUUAUUUUUUAAAACACUGAGCCGUAGUCUUUUAAAUUCUAAAAGCGUAAUUUUAUCAUGUUGGGCAGCCUGUGGAGGUAUCUGUCAUGAAAAAAAAUUCAGUUGAAAAACCAGUAGAUUUUAAAUUUUGGAAUAACUGAAAUAAUAGAAAGUGUCUGUGAUGUAUGUACCAUGAAUAAAAUCACAUUUUGUAAGCAUUUCCCCAAAUGUCCUUGUCUUUCUGAUGGAUGUUUUUACUUUCAUAUUAAAUUACUAAAUUAUGCUUGUGUGUAUUUUAGUUGUUAACUGGCUUAAAAUUCUUUAAAUAAGGUCCAUUAAAAUAUUUUAAA